AUGGGGAACUUGACCAGUCGCUUGCUGGGGCGCAGGGAAUUAGGCCCAACUGAUAGGCAUCAGCUAGAAGCCAGGCUAGGCCCCCGAAAUGUAUCAUCCCGUGGCAAACGCAAGCGGACCUUACCCUCUGGGGACCCAGAGGUCGAGAACAGCCAAAGGUCUCUGGGCCCAGAAGUGAAUUUCCCGCAAGAGGCCUCUAGAAGCCAGAGUAAAAAAGUGAUCACAUCCGAGUACGCUUACCAAACGCUCUUUCUGAAUGGGGAAACCAGUGACAUUAAAAUCCGCGCUCUGGGCAAAGUGUGGUGCCUACACAAGAGGUACCUGCGUCAGUCAGUCUACUUUGCUACUCUGCUUAGAAAUUCUUGCGAUCACUCCAACAAAGAUAUUAUCGACCUGGAGAUUAGGGACCACAACAUUGACGUCGAGUCCCUGAACUUCGUGCUGGGUUCCUUGUACAGGGAUGAAUAUGACCUACGGGAGCCCCUUCGAGUCUCAAGAGUUUUGGCAACGGCGUGCCUGCUCCAGGUAGAGGACUUGAUCGAAAUGUGUGAGGAGAUCAUGAAGGAGGCAGUUAACGCGAAAACUGUAUGUAGCUAUUACGCAACAGCAGAAGCCUACGGGGCGGCGUCUCUGAAGACAGAAUGCUUUGCCUGGCUCCUCCACAAUCUCAUGACGCAUCCCACUGUGGAACUUUACAAAGAAAUCAGCAUAGAUCUCAUGAACCAGCUCGUUUCUUCCGCCGACUUACUGGUGAUACAAAAGGAAAUAGACGUGUACACCACGCUUAAAGAGUGGAUGUUCCUUCGUCUCAACCCGGCCUGGAGAGGAACCAUACAACAGCUUUUAGAGCGAGCCAACCACUGGUUUUCUAGGCUCAGAGGACGUAACACCAACAUGGCCUUCCUGGAGACGAGACGAGGCAGACCAUUUCAAGCGGUGUUUAAAAAUCUGAGGUUUCAGCAUAUCAUCUGUGACCUGGCCUCCACAAGAGUCAUUGAGGAAGAUACUCUCAUCCCUUCAGAAUGGCUAUCGAGGGUUUAUAAACAACAAUGGUUCACCUUGCUGAGGGCGCAGCGAAGCAGGGAAAUUGGGCCGCGAUACAUUAAUGAAACAGAACUGGAGAAACACAGCAUGCGAUGUGGGAAAAUGGUCGUCAAGGAGGGGAAAUUCUCCUGGAAGUGGUCAGGUUUCAACUUCGGCUUCCCUCUGCACGUCAUCUUCACCAACGACUACAUCAUUUUUAAGCAAAAUCUCGUCACUAAGCCAGGCGUGGGUUCAGUCUGUUUACGAUCUCUAAGAAAUAUUGCAUUCCGAUUGACUCUGGUAUAUUUUGAUUCGAGAGGAAAAGUAAUUUUCAGCCAAACAACUGGUUAUAGGACUCUUACCUUUGUGAACGACGAGGACCACCUGAUAAUGAAGUUAGAUAGCAACGUUCUGUGCUUUCCGUUAUAUGUAUUCUGUAAUUUCCUGUUUACAUCGUUAGAAAGUCCAUAA